AUGAAAAACGGGGGUUUGUUGAAACGAUUUUUCAGACACGGACAUUUGCCGAUACGUGAAGAUGACUGCUCGUACCUUUGGCAUGUUCCUGCAGCUGAACGUUGCGAAUGGGUUGAGAAAACGCAAGACUGUUACACGGACUCCGUAGUUCAGUAUACCGCAAUGCUCUUUUGCAUUUUCCGAUCGGAAAGUAUACCCCUAUUUGUCUGCGGUAUUUUUCUCAUAAUUCUCUGGCUCUCCUAUCUUUUACUCAUUCUUGGGACAACGGUAGAUAGUUUCUUUUGUCCAUCUCUAGUAGUGAUAGCUAAUAUAAUGCGUUUGUCAGAAAACAUUGCCGGUGUGACGAUAUUGACAUUCGGAAACGGAGCGCCUGACAUCUUCACGUCUCUUGUGUCCGGCAGCGAAGAUUCUAUAAUCAUGUUCACAGAAUUGAUAAGCGCAGGCGUCUUGGUGACAACAGUGAUCGCUGGUUCUAUUGCAAUGAUCAAGCCUUUUCGUGUACACUUAAAGCCCUUAAUAAGAGAUACGUGCUUUUACAUAGCAGCUGUUUGUUGGAUAACCUAUGUUGUACAUGACGAGAGAAUUUAUCUAUGGGAAGCUAUAAGUCUUAUUCUCCUCUACGUUCUUUUCAUCGCCAAUAUCGUGAUAAUGCAAGCCUGUGAUACUCGAGAGGAAAAAGUGAAAAGUAGAAUCCCAAGCGUACCGGAUCCAGAUGUAUUACAUGCUUAUCUGCUGAACAAAGAUACGAACGCUAUCGCCAUCCCACGGAUUCCCACGAGGAGCCGUCCUUUUGGCUUUCGAGCCAAACUCGAUGUCGCGAUGGCCGUUGAAUUGGACAGAACACGAAUUCGUAGCGAUGGCAUUAAGAUGGAGAACAAAGUCAAGGAAAUAUUCAAACGACCAAGAGAUCUAUUUAAGGAAUUUCUUUACGACAUUAAUCCGAUCUCGAGAGAGGAUUGGACAGAAGCAAACCGAUUUUUUAAAAUCAUUCUGAUUGUACGUUCACCGGCUACGUUUCUUCUACAAUUAUUUAUACCCGUUGUAAACGUUACGGCGGAAAAGAGAGGUUGGUCCAAGCUGCUAAAUUGCUUCCAGCUGUGUGUGACACCGACGGUGGCGUUGUUUCUAUUAAACGUCUGGCGAGUGAAAGUUGGCAUGGUGCCGAUACUACCGAUAUUCUUCGCUUUCGGGACUCUAAUAAGUGUAAUUGUGUUUCUAACGACUCACGCGGAUCGCAUACCAAAGUAUCAUAAUGUUUUUGCGUUCUUCGGAUUCUUUGUUGGUAUGCUGGUAGUUUAUUUGGUGGCUGGAGAAGUAAUGGCCGUGUUGGGAUGCAUAGGAUUUGCCUGCAGUAUUUCGAACGCCAUGUUGGGAAUCACGUUUCUUGCCAUGGGUAAUAGCAUCGGGGAUUUUAUAUCCAAUGUAACGAUAGCUCGGCAAGGUUUUCCGAAAAUGGGUUAUGCGGCUUGCUUCGGUGGUCCUAUAUUUAAUACUUUGUUGGGACUGGGAUUGACUUAUGGAAUAUCAGCCGUAUCUUCUUCAGAUCUAAGGACGAAAAUUCGCCUGAGCAACAUGGCACCGGGUUGUCUGACUUUCCUAUUGUGUUCGCUAUUGACUACGAUCAUCUACUUGAAUAUCACAGGAGCAAUGGCACGACGUUCUUACGGAUAUCUUCUUUAUUCGUUAUAUUUGGUUUUCAUUCUCAUUCAAUUUCUCAGCGAAUUCCACGUUAUUCAUCCCCUAGGAAUGGAUCAUCGUACGGACGAGCCGGACGGCCGAUGA